ACUGGACGCUACAAUGAGAAGAUAUCAAAACUGAAACUUUGAGAAGAAGAUUGUAAUGACGCGAAAAAAGGUUGAAUCUCCGCCGCGUGAUCCUAAUGGAAUGUUUUCCGGUAUGGUUGUCUUCUUUGUCGGAACCGGAGUUAUGUCCCUCCGGCUACAGAUAUGGAAGAGGAAAUUGUUGCAAAUGGGGGCUAUGUUUAACGACCAGUUCACUGAAAAUGUAACUCAUGUUUUUGCAAAAGAUGCAAAUUUGCUUCUUGAGAAAUUUGAUAAAGAACUUCUGAUUCGCACCAAAGCUAAAUUUCUCGCGUAUCAGUGGCUAGAGGAUAGCUUAAUACAAGGAGAAAAAGCAUCUGAGGAUCUGUAUGUCUUAUCCCUGCAAUCAGGAGGAGGAGAGUCCCUUAGUCCUAAAGCUGAUAAUGAUGGUCAUUCUGAUAAUGACGGUCAUUCUAGAGUUACACUAAAGAAAAGUCGAAUAUCUGCUGAAGAUGCCAAGAAUUCAUGCCCAAGACACGUGAAUGACAAUAAAGACCGUGUUGAUCCACGAGAUACUAAAAGUGCCUCUUCACUCGCAUCACACUCUUCAAGCCCAGAAGCGACAAGUCCUGAGGCCAUUCAUGCUCUUAAUAAGCCUGUUGGAACAUCAGACUCAUCUUCACUUUAUAAGCCUCCGGAUUUGAACCGAAAUAUCACUCAGAUAUUCGGGAAGCUUCUCAACAUAUAUAGAGCACUGGGUGAUGACCGGAGAUCAUUCAGCUAUUAUAAAGCUAUACCAGUUAUUGAGAAACUGCCAUUCAAAAUUGAGAGUGUGGACCAGGUUAAGCACCUACCUUCUAUUGGAAAGUCAAUGCAAGAUCAUAUUCAGGAGAUAGUGACCACAGGAAAGCUGUCCAAAUUGGAACACUUUGAGAAGGAUGAAAAGGUAAAAACAAUCAGCUUAUUUGGAGAGGUUUGGGGUGUUGGUCCAUCCACUGCCCUAAAACUUUAUGAGAAAGGACACCGAACUCUUGAUGACCUUAGAAAUGAGGAGUCACUGACUCGUUCUCAAAGGAUAGGGUUGAAAUAUUUUGAUGACAUCCAGACCAGGAUUCAACGGCAUGAGGUCAAAGAGAUGGAACGUUUGCUACAGAAAGUUGGAGAAGAAAUUUUGCCUGGUGUGAUUGUUGUGUGUGGAGGAUCAUAUAGACGUGGAAUGGCUUCUUGCGGUGAUAUGGAUAUUGUUAUUACUCAUCCUGAUAGAAAAAGUUUCAUUUCAGAUAUAUACUUGAAAAGCAUGAUAGUUUUGCUUCGUUCUUUCAGUCAUGAAGGCUUUCUUCCUAAGUUUGUAAGACGUCUAAAGGAGAUCGAGUUUUUAAGAGAAGAUUUGGUCUUCACUGUUCAUAGCACAGAGGGUACAGAUUCAGGAGUUGACACAUAUUUUGGUCUCUGCACUUAUCCUGGUCGAGAACUGCGACAUCGUAUUGACUUGAAGGUGUAUCCAAGGGAUAUAUAUGCAUUUGGACUGAUAGCAUGGACGGGAAAUGACGUCUUGAAUAGAAGGCUUAGAUUGUUAGCUGAAUCGAAGGGCUUUCUUUUGGAUGAUACAGGGCUAUAUCCAGCUACUCAUAGUUCUGCUGGAAAACGGACUAAAGGUAGUGCAAGCAUGAAGUUUGAAACUGAGAAGCAAGUGUUCGAAUUCCUUGGAUUUCCCGCGCUGGAACCAAAUGAAAGGAAUUUAUGAGAAUCUUGAACUGUGCCACUUUUUGCUAGCUCUUCGCGGGGACUUAGGACACUGGACUCGAAUCCAAGGGAGAUUCUGUUUUUUGAUCAAGCUGAUGUUUUGACUUCCAUGUCUGUAAUGUAUGGAACAAAAUGUUAUGUGAUUAAAAUAGUUACUAGUAUGUAUAUAGGUGUAUGUAUCAAAGGGCAUGUCUCAAUGUCGAAACACAAUGUGAAGUCCAGUCCCUAUGUUCGUUUUUUGAAAACAAAAGGUUACAAAUGAUAUUUUUGCAAAACCUUGACAAGGGAGUUCAGCAGCAGUACAUGAAGCAACACUAUUUUUUGCACA